UCAAGAGCGCCACCGGAGGAAGCGGAAAUGCGUUGUCAUUUUAAAGGUGUCGCCCCGCCCCUAGUGUCUUUCUUUCCGUCUCCGGCCGCCGCAGGGAGAGGAGUCGCCGCCAUGUCCGCGCAUCUGCAAUGGAUGGUCGUUCGGAACUGCUCCAGUUUCUUGAUCAAGAGGAAUAAGCAGACGUACAGCACGGAGCCCAAUAAUCUGAAGGCCCGAAACUCCUUUCGCUACAACGGGCUAAUUCACCGCAAGACGGUCGGAGUGGAGCCUGCGGCUGAUGGCAAAGGGGUCGUGGUGGUUAUGAAACGCAGAUCCGGUCAGCGAAAACCUGCCACUUCCUACGUGAGGACCACCAUCAACAAGAAUGCUCGGGCUACCCUCAGCAGCAUCAGGCACAUGAUCCGAAAGAACAAGUACCGCCCUGAUCUGCGUAUGGCGGCCAUCCGCAGGGCCAGUGCCAUCCUUCGAAGCCAGAAGCCUGUGGUGGUGAAGAGGAAACGGACCCGCCCCACCAAGAGCUCCUGAGCCCCACACCCCAGAAGCAAUAAAGAGUCCACUGAUUUGUUCGACCACCUC